GACAAGUGCAAAAAGAUGAGUAACAUAAAAUAUAUCAUUGCAAGCGCCGACGACGACGACGAUGGCGAGCAAACAAGCAGAUUCGGAUGUCUCGCCAUGCUGCGCUUCGCGGUGGCUGCCGCGGUAACCGUGGUCACCAUCACCGUGGUCUCAUUGGUGAUCGACGCCGUGCUCCCCUCCCAAGACAUGAGCCUCUCCGUGAACAAUGGAUACAUCGGCGCCGACGCCUUUUGGAACACAACGUUUCCUGCUACUGCAACAUCCAAGUCGUCGUCGCCGCCUGUGCCAGCAGAGAAUCAUCAUCCAAGCUCCCUUGACAAGGUAGCAAAACCGGCAACAGGUGCAGGAGCACCCAAGCUCAGUCGUCGUCGUCGAGGUGUCGAACGACCAUUGCCACUUCCCAAGGAAUGCUUCCUUGGCUGUUCCGGUGGGGAUCGUGAGCCUACUACUCAGGUGACAUACAAGAAGGCGCAGCGGAUAAAUCUUCGCGUCAUCCUCAUCGCCAACAACCCCCGCGGCCGCACCAAGAUCGACUGCGACGGCACCCGCGUGAGCCUCAUCGACAUGGAGCCCCCGUACGGGCAGAUUGGCAAAGUGACUCUGAAGAACUUCACUGUGCCUCCACAGACGACGAUCACGCUGCAGAAACGGCUCAGCAUCAUAAACACCAGCUACAUCUGGGAGAACUACCACUUAGCGUCCAGGUUCCGCGCCCUGGUGCUGGUGACCUCGAGUGUCACCUACUAUCCGCUGGGGAAGAAAGGGAAAACGAUACAGCAGAGCUACGUGUGCCAGCCGGUCACCAUCGGCCUGAUACAGGACGAAGCCACCUACGCCAGCGACAAUGUUCAAUGCACGGCCACUAUCUCGGGAUAACUCACCGAGAUAAGACAAGGAUCGUCAGCGAGCUACAGCAAUUUCAUCUUCGACAUCGUACGCUUUUCCCGUGGGUUAUCGAUCGUAAUUCAUGUUGCCGCGUUGGUUGCGUGCUUGUGACUUGUGAGGUCUGUAGCAGCUUUCGUUUGUUUUCUUUUUCUUUUUGUUUCUUUACUGAAAUUCAUAGGUACUACCUAAACUUCGCUCGGUGUAUUAUUCAGGUGUCCAAACUUCGAAAGUGAUAUAUAUGCGGGUUCCUAAACUCAGCGACUAAACUCAGCGAAUGGUGUCAUUCCAGUUAAUGAACUUUAAAGUUGUUCAUCACAUAUCUCUAAACAUCACAAAUAGCGUCAUUCUUGAAAAUAUACAAGUUUUUGGGACAUAUCUGGGUUUUAAUAACCCACUUUGGAUGCUGUCGUGGCACACAUGCUGUAUGUUAGACGUGGACUAUGUGUAACAUCUCGGGUGUUUGUGCAAACUAAAAAUACGAGUUUUUUCAAAAUUUUUCCUAUAAUUGUGUGAAGCAUAUAGUUUCUAGGUUAAACUUGAAUCAA